GCAAGUCCAUUUGUGUAUAACAAACCUAGCAGAAUAGAAAUGGGAGUGUUUGAUUCUACUAUACGUAUCUAGUUGUACGUAUAUUGGAAUUUGAGUCCUUUUCAAUCUUGGCAUGUACAUUCCUGCAAAUACUUAAGAUGUUAGUCCUGCUUGGUUUUAUGGCUGUGUGACGUCACAUCAUUCUCGUUGUUGCUGUAGUUGACGACAGCAGCGUAAUUCAAGAUACUUUCUCUUGCCAGCAGGAAUGGAUUAUCAGUUACCAAAAUGUAUCAUCAGUGGGCGAAAGGAAGCUGCACGGGACAGGUCUGAGACAUAUCUGAGUCCAAUGGAGACAGCUCAACAGUCAUCAUGCCUGGUGUGAAACUCUCACCGCAACGGUGUAACCAAGCCUACCGAGAUGUCCUCUCUGGGUGUUCUAUCUGGUGUCGAGGCACUCUGUGGUUUAAUGUGGUUCAUCAGGUGUUGUCUCCCCUCAGAAGGUGCUCUCUCCAGCCCACGAAACCUGAAAGUGGAACUACUGGAUUUUCAUGCCAAGGUAAUGUGGGAGUCGGCUCCAGGAAACCCAAGCGACACUGCAUACGUGCUGGAACUUCAAGAGUUCGGGAAAAAAUGGACCAAAAUUGAAAAAUGCAAGACUAUGAUGAUUUGUGAUUUGGAUGACUUUGGAACCUAUGAUGACCUAAAGAACUACUUUAUUAGAGUGAAGGCGGUUUGGGCACAUGAAAGCUCUAACUGGACAAACGCCUCCUCUUUUCAGCCUUACAGCGAUUGUCAGUUCAGCCCUCCUUUAUUAAAUGUGAUGGUUCAAGAGGGAUCCAUCCUUGCUGACAUUCAUCACCCUGUCACAAAAAAGGUGAAGGAACUAGAGUUUGCUCUAUACCUCUAUCGGAAUGUCUCUGGACAGAAAACAGAGGUGGCACGGAAAAUAUCAGCUCAAGGUGCUCUCUCUUUUCCCAACCUACCUCCUGAUCGCUACUGCCUAAGGGCUUCUGUGCAUAACGACCAGAAAGAUCAACUGUUUGCAGAGGAAUGUAUUGUCGUCCACCCAGCAGAUGAAUGGACUCCUAUGAGAGUGGCACUGGGUGUGUCCUUCCUUUUGGUUCUUCCUGUUGGACUGAUUCUAAUCUUUGUAUUGUGCUACCUAUGGCCCAAAUACCUCAAAACUCCACAGGCUCUGAAAGUCAGACCUGGGGAGUCCAAAUUGCUGGAGGUCAUUCCCGACAAGACCAGAGCUGUGGUGAUCUCACACCUGAUAUGGGGCGAAACAGACGACUGCGUGUCGAAAUGUGAAGAAGACAACAGCUCACUAGCCUUUAACCACAAGACAGACUCGACCUGCAUCAGGGACAUGAGCUCUGAAGGGGAGAUCUGUCUGCCACCUGAGGAAGAGGAUGAUGAUGAUGAAGAUGAUGAUAAGUGCACUGGUAGCCUUCGUCACUCUGCUGGUUAUGGGCUGGAGCCGGACAGCAGUGAUGAGGGAGCCCCUGUGGAGGAAGCAUCGUCACACGCCGCCGCCCGUGUACCCGAGACAGAAGAGUAUGAAGAAAAUGAACAUCCAAGUCAAUACAUGGAGAGACUGAUGAUUGGUGCACAGUGGCAGGUCCAUGUCCCAUUAGACUCUUUAAACAGUCAACCAGCCAGGAGUUCAGACCGCCUAGAGUUCAUAGAAGAAACAGCAGAAACACCUCCAAAUAUUUCAUCAGACAGCCUAGAGUCCAUAGAAGAGGAAGCAGAAACACCUCCAAACAGCUCAUCAGGCUAUGAACCCAGGCAAAUACCUCCAAACAGCACAUCAGGCUAUGAACCCAGGCAAAUACCGCCAAACAGCACAUCAGGCUAUGAACCAAGGCAAAUACCGCCAAACAGCACAUCCGGCUAUGAACCCAGGCAAAUACCUCCAAACAGCACAUCAGGCUAUGAACCCAGGCAAAUACCGCCAAACAGCACAUCAGGCUAUGAACCAAGGCAAAUACCGCCAAACAGCACAUCCGGCUAUGAACCCAGGCAAAUACCUCCAAACAGCACAUCAGGCUAUGAACCCAGGCAAAUACCUCCAAACAGUUCAUCAGGCUAUGAACCCUGUCCAUUGAUCUGCUAUAACAGUGAUGAAGGUAGCCAGUGAGUUCAAAUGUGAACCGCAUCGCACCCAUUGUGGAUCCUGUUAUAGUUCCUAUCUCAAUAGGAGUGAUUGCAGGACUGUCUUAUGUCUGGUGCACAGACCGCUACUACCAAAGGCUCUCUGUUUGACACUUUGUGCCUCUCUGCCCAGUGAGUGUUGGCCACAGCGUGCCGGACUCUCUGGAGAUCUACACCUGCCUCUCACCGCAGUCUUCCUCACAAGUACCCUAGGAGAACCCAGACAAACCUGUUAGCAAAUUUGAAUUUGCUCUGCAGGUCCGUCUGGCAAGGAUGCCAUUGGCCCCCAUUUCCAAUGGUACAAAAACCCAGGCACCAAUCACAGUGGCUUAUCCAGCAUGGGCCAGGUUUUCUAUGAUGACAGAUAGAGCAGUGCUCUAAAAGUAAAGCAACUGAUGGCUGCACUGAUAGCCACAGGGCUAAACAGAUAUGGACAUGCAUUUUUUUUUUAAUUGAGUAAACAACUGCAUUUAAAACAUUCGUUUACAAGAAAGAUUUUUUAUUGCUGCUCUUCUGAAAUGAUUUUAAUGCGCCAAUUUAAGUUUAUUUUCACUGCUGUUUAUGGCCGUGGAAGUCGUAUGUCAAUGAAGCCUUUCUAGAAUCUCUCUCAAUCUCAAUGGAGAUUUGAAAGGUGGUCUGGUGAUAAUGUACUGCACUGACAUCACCAAGUUGCACCCAGCUGCUUCUGGAGCGUCUUACCAACAUUGGAGUGCAGGGCAGUGUUUAUCAAUGGUUCACCUCCUAUCUCUCUGGCAGGACACAGCUUGUCCAGAUUUUGGUCCAGUGAAUCCACUGCCCAGUUUAAAAAGGAACUGAAAACCUUUCUUUUUAGACUAGCCUAUGGACUGUGAUAUGGCUAAAUGGACUAUAUAUAUUAUAUAUAUAUAUAAUUUUUCUCCUUUUUUGAUGUAUAUAUAUAUAUUUUCCUUCUAU